AGUCAAUAGCUGGUGGAGGUGGUGGUGCUACCAAUGACACACACGGAGCGGUCCGCGUCACUAGGCAUCAAGCCUCCUCUCUCCCUUCUCGCUCCGCUCCCUCUGCCCACCUCCCUUCUGCACCUCCCCCAAUCAACCUCUGGUCCCUAUCAUCCCUCUUCCGCCCCUCCCUCUCCCUCUUGCACUGCAUCCCAUGCGCAGAUCCAAGAGCUGGUGGAAGCAGUGGUGCUAUCCAAAAGCUGGUGGAGGCAGUGGUACUGCCGAUGACGCACAAGGAGCACUUUGUGUCACUAGGCAUCAAGCCGCCCAAGGGGGUACUGCUGUACGGCCCUCCCGGCACCGGCAAGACGCUCAUUGCGAGGGCGUGUGCCGCUCAGACCAACGCCACCUUCCUUAAGCUGGCUGGACCGCAGCUGGUUCAGGUGAGGUGGAGUGGAGUGCGGGCGUGUGCUGCUCAGACCAACGCCACGUUCCUUAAGCUGGCAGGCCCGCAGCUCGUGCAGAUGUUCGUAGGAGACGGGGCGAAGCUAGUGCGGGAUGAGUUUCAGCUGGCAAAGGAGAAGUCGCCGUGCAUCAUCUUCAUUGAUGAAAUCGACGCCAUCGGCACCAAACGAUCUGUUAGUGAAGUGAGUGGGGAUCGUGAGGUGCAGCGAACGAUGCUGGAGCUGCUGAGUCAGCUGGAUGGUUUCAGCAGUGACGACAGAAUUAAGGUCGUGGCAGCCACCAACCGGGCCGACAUCCUCGACCCGGCUCUCAUGCGCUCGGGGCGGCUGGACAGGAAGAUUGAGUUCCCUCACCCCACCGAGGAGGCGCGGGCUUGCAUCCUGCAGAUCCACUCACGGAAAAUGAACCUUCACCCAGAAGGGUGA